UCCUCGGUCAAGUCGUCCUCCCGUUCCCGUCGACCCGGCCCGGAAGCCGUACCCCAGGCCGCCUGGCGCCGCCGCGACCCGCCACGCCGCCAUGUCCGCCGCCGCGGCGCUCCGGGCGACUGAACCGCUGCCCCUCCCGAGCGGGCUCUCUCUCUCGCCGCGCCUCAAGCUUCUGCUCACCUUCUUCCGCGCCGACCUCACCGUCCGCCCCCUCGACGAGUGGCAGCUGAAGUCCGCCCUCCUCGCCUUCCUUCGCGACCCGCCCCUCUCGCUCCCGCUCCUCCCUGACUCAGACCUCUCCGUGCGCCGCCUCCCCGACCUCCAGAAGCGCCGCCGCGAGGAGCCUGUUGCCUCUGGCGUCCUCCACGUCCGCGACCUCUCCUUCCUCCGCCCCCGGAAGGGCGACAGCGAGGCCGAGGGGAUGACCGUGGAACAGGAGGACGAGAAGUACUUCGAGUGGCGGAGCUCCCUGGUCGAGAAGCUCGAAGGCAUCGAGCUCAACCUGGAGGGAGUCAAGUUCCGGAUGACAGUCGAGAUCCCGCCGUCCGAUGACUUCAGGGUGAUGAAGAAAUCGUGGGAGGAUUUCUACUCCUCCGAGCUACUCAAUAGCAGGAACCCGGUGAGGAAGAUAGCGAAAAGGCCGGACACGAUUGUUGUCCGUGGUGUGCCGUCCAGGUGGUUUGCGGAGAUAAGAGUAUCAUCCAAGCCAUCUACGUUGGUCACGCACACAAUUUUCUCAGCACUUGGUAAAAUAAGGACCCUAAAUAUUGCAAAUGAUGAUGAUGAGUUAGAAGCAAAAGAAGAUGGCUCCACUAAGGAGCUCAUAUCUGGACUCAAUUGCAAAGUUUGGGUUCAAUUUGAGAACUACGAUGACUUCCAUGAUGCAAUGAAGGCAUUAUGUGGACGCUCUUUAGAGAAGGAAGGAUCACGGUUGAAAGUAGACUAUGACGUGACCUGGGAUCACGAAGGUUUCUUCCGUAUUGCUCAGUAUGAGCCUGCUCAUAGCAGGUUAGGUGAGAGGGAUGCAUCAGCAUCAGUUCAUGGCCGGAAGAAACAUUACACUUCACGAAUCGAGUCAGAUCAUAGGAAGAGAUUUAGGGAUUGAUGACGCAAGAGUAUGGUAUGAGCAACACUGUUGUGCCAUGGGGAGAGGGAAACGGCUGUUCUGUACAAUGGCUGUUCUGUAAUAUUGUAUUGCUCCAUUCUCAGAUUUCAACUUUUUCCUCCUUUCAUUGUCAAUUAACCUUGCAGAAAAAUCAUUCUGAUAGUUACUGAUCUGUAGUUAUGACUAUCAGUAUUGCCCUGAUUGAUAUCCAGAGGGCAGAGAGCCAGAGAGUGCAACAAAACAAAACUGUUUUUUCUUGUAUAAGAAUUGAUAGAUUGAGCACCGGUGGCGCAGCCCAUGCUCAUUGAUCAGAGACAAUGGCAUUUGAGUUCAGAGUAUUGAAUGAUCAGAAAUGAGGAUUGGGAUGGAUAAGCCUACACGUGCUUGCUUUACGGCAGAUAGGGUACAGCCGUGCAGGUGGAGCUUUCUAGAUACCAGAACUGCAGUCUCUGGUUUGGAUAACCUCUUUCGUGUGUAGAGGAGGAUGAGAUGUUUUCGCUGACGCAAGGCUAAGAUCAAGCAGGGGAUGUGGAUCCCUGGCUGCAGUAGGUUUCCACUGGAGUCUGUAACUUGGGAUUGGUGUCGACAAUGUUUCUUGUGGAAUCACGGUGCAGAUGUGGCAGGUGCAUAUGCAUCGUCUUGCUUUGAAUCUUCUCGUCUAGAAUGUCAACCAGGUUGUAUAUUUCCAAGCAUCUAGAAGUGCACAUGCCUGACUUUUGUUU